CUAACACUCUCCUCCUCGUCAGCAGAUAACAUGCCGGCUACAGCUUCCGUGUUCCAGUCGAAAAAGAAAAGGAAAAAAGAAAGCCUGGCUUCACGCUGCCUUCUGGAAAAAAAAAAAGGGCCUAAUUCUAGAAUCUCUGUUCUAUUAUUUAUUUAUUAAUUUAUUUCUGUAAAUAAGAUUUUAAUAACUUUCGGAAAUAGCCAUCAUCAGAACCCCCAAUUAUCAGUGUAUUUAAUUUUUGAUAUGGCGGUGUUGUUAGAGGACAUUGUGCAAUCGGUGGAGUUAUGGUUGAAGCUGAUAAAGAAGGCGCAACCUUAUGUGGAUCCGAAUCUCGACCCGGUUUUAUUGGUUCCGGGUAUCGCUGGUUCGAUUCUGCAUGCAGUCGACGAUAACAGUGAUAAAAGCGUUGAAAGGGUUUGGGUUCGAAUUCUCAGAGCCGAUUACAAGUUUCGUACUAAGCUCUGGUCUCGUUUCGAUCCUUCUACAGGUAAAACUGUGUCAUUAGAUCCAAAAACAAAUAUUGUGGUUCCGCAGGACAGAUAUGGUCUGCACGCAAUUGAUAUCUUGGAUCCUGACCUGAUCAUAGGACGUGAAUGUGUUUUUUAUUUCCAUGAUAUGAUAGUCGAAAUGAUCAAGUGGGGUUUUGAAGAGGGAAAAACUUUAUUUGGGUUUGGCUAUGAUUUUCGCCAAAGCAAUAGGUUGCCUGAGACACUGGAGAGCUUUGCCAAAAAAUUAGAGUUAGUGUAUAAAGCAUCUGGUGGAAAGAAGAUAAACAUCAUAAGCCAUUCUAUGGGGGGUCUUCUUGUUAAAUGUUUCAUGUCCUUGCACAGUGAUAUUUUUGAGAAAUAUGUGAAGAAUUGGAUUGCUAUUGCUGCACCCUUCCGUGGUGCGCCUGGAUACAUUGCAUCAACUUUUCUAAAUGGGAUGUCCUUCGUUGAAGGGUGGGAGCAGAACUUUUUUAUAUCGAAGUGGAGCAUGCACCAACUGCUUAUAGAAUGUCCAUCAAUAUAUGAAUUGAUGGCAUGCCCACAUUUUAAGUGGCAGCACAUUCCUCUUCUUGAAAUCUGGAAAGAAAAACAAGAUAGUGAUGGCAAUUCUCAGAUAAUCCUAGAGUCGUAUCCUCCUAAAGAGAGCAUAAAUGUUUUUAAAGAUGCUCUUUCAAGUAACACGGUCAAUUAUGAGGGUGAGGAUGUCCCUCUACCUUUCAAUGUAGAGAUCUUGAAAUGGGCUAAUGAAACACACAGGCUGUUAUCUUCUUCUAAAGUUCCUUCUCAAGUUAAAUUCUACAACAUAUAUGGGAUCAACCUUGAGACUCCGCACAGUGUUUGCUAUGGAAGUGAGGAGGCACCUGUCACAGAUGUUCAGGAACUGCGCUUUUUCCAGCCCACAUAUGUAUGUGUUGAUGGUGAUGGAACAGUUCCUGCUGAGUCAGCUAAGGCAGAUGGGCUGAGUGCAGAAGCAAGGGUUGGCAUCCCUGGUGAGCACCGGGGAAUUCUUAGUGAUCAUCACUUGUUUAGAAUUCUCAAGCACUGGCUGAAGGCAGGGGAUCCAGAUCCUUACUAUAACCCAAUAAAUGAUUAUGUAAUUUUACCAACUGCUUUUGAAAUUGAGACGCACAAAGAGAAAGGCGUACAGGUUACAUCACUCAAGGAGGAAUGGGAAAUCAUCUCAGGUGAUAAAGAUGAGAUUGACAAUAUGGCCGACAGAAGCCCUGUCGUGAGUUCAAUAUCUGUUUCUCAUGGGGGGGAUGGAAAAUCGCAGCGGGAAAAAGCAUAUGCCACAGUGGUUGUUCAUCCUCAGAAUGAGGGUAAGCAACACAUUCAGCUAAGUGCUGUUGGUCUGUCUGUUGAUUCAUGAAGUUGAAUUGUAUUCGAGAUGGGCAUGUAAAUAUUGUAUGUAUAUGAGUAAUAUAUACUGGUAACUGCAAUUUGAUGAUUUGUAAUUACCGUCUACUUGUACAGGAAGCGAUAGUAGUAAAGUUGUUUUGAACUGUUUGAAAUAUAAAUAUAUUCCCAGAAGAUAAUA